AUGAAAAGAAAAAGGCAGGAAGGGAGAGCGUCCCAACCGGAGAAAAAACAGAAAAUUUUGGAGGAACCUAUUCAUGGUCCUCGACCUAUCGUUAAUCAGUUCCUUUGUUUUGCGGAAAAAUGUUUACCUUGUAAGGUGUUAUUGGAUACUGGUGCAACUGGUCCUGUUUUGUCUGCUGUUUUUGUUGAUAAUUUUGAGGUCCCGAAGGUGAAACGAGACGUCCGGGCCCGGGUAUUUGGAUUUACGGGAGAAGUUAUGAAGGGCACGGGACACGCCUUUACACAACCAUUAAUUAUAAUGUCAAGGGGGCAUCAAACACAGCUAUCAUUCGAGAUCGCCCCUCUCCCGGUUGGCAUCGAUGCAAUACUACCGAAUUGGUGGUUGAAAGAACACAAGCCGGUUAUAAGGUCAAACGGGGAAGUCUCCUACGAUGGUGAGAACUGUAAGAGUCGAUGCUUCACUGACAAGGAACCUCAAAUAGAAAUGGACGAGGGUGUAUUGGACGAUCCGGAGGCCCAAUUCAUCGGUAGCAUUUGUCUUUUGGAAGAUGAAUCGGUUAACCUCCGCGAAACUCUUCCCUCUUGGCUCCAUGGGUUCCUUAAAGUCUUCCUACCGUCGGAAGCCGACAAAUUACCACCGCAUCGAUCCUACGACCAUGCGAUAGAUCUUGAACCAGGUAAACAGCCACCGUGGGGACCCGUCUACUCCCUAUCCGAAGUCGAGCUGAAGGUGCUUCGGGAGUACCUGGACAAAAUGUUGCGAUUGGGAAAGAUUAGGCUGAGCAAAUCCCCGGCAGGAGCCCCAAUCCUAUUUGUGAAGAAGAAGGACGGUAGUCUACGACUUUGCGUUGACUACCGCGCGGUUAUCUUCUCGAAGAUUGACCUGAAGGAAGGUUACAACCUCAUCAGGAUCAAAGACGGCGACGAGUGGAAGACAGCAUUCCGUACGCGGUACGGACAUUUUGAGUACCUCGUCAUGCCUUUUGGGCUGGCAAAUGCGCCGGCGACCUUCCAGAAUAUGAUGAAUGAUGCGCUGAGGGAAUUCUUGGAUCAAGGUGUAGUAGUCGGCAAAGUUCUUGGUAGGCUACAAGAAUACAAUCUAGUCGCCAACCCGAAGAAAUCGUUCUUCGAGCUCACCGAAAUCGAGUUCCUCGGAUACAUCCUUGCCCCAGCAGGCGUCACCAUGGCACUGGAUAAGGUUAUGUCUGUUACGAAUUGGCAAGCCCCGCGUAGCGUUAAGGAAGUACAAAUCUUCAUGGGCUUUGCCAACUUCUACAGAAGGUUUAUCCACAAUUUCUCCGGGGUCUGUAAACCCAUUACCGAUUGUCUCAGGGGUGAUGCUAAGAACUUUGUCUGGUCUAUGACGGCCCAAGCAGCCUUCGAAAAACUCAAAACCCUGUUUACGUCUGCGCCGAUCUUGGUACACUUCUCUCCAGAUCGCCAGACUAUCGUGGAAACGGACGCAAGUGAUUUUGCUAUCGCCGCAAUUCUAUCCCAGGUUAUUGACGGAAAGACUCACCCUGUUGCCUUUUAUUCUCGAAAGCUUAACCCAGCGGAACUCAACUACGACGUGUGGGAUAAGGAGAUGCUAGGAAUUGUGUCAGCCUUCAAGCAAUGGCGUCACUACCUCGAAGGACCUAGCCGAACGGUUCUCGUCUACACAGAUCAUAAGAACUUGGAAUAUUUCUCGACAACCAAGGUUCUUAACCGACGACAGGCAAGAUGGGCUGAGUCUUUGGCGGAAUUUGAUUUCAAGAUUAUUUACCGCCCGGGAACCAAAAAUGGGAAGGCAGAUGCACUAUCGCGACGGCCGGAGUACCGUCCUGAAGGGGGAGGCACGCUUGGGAAACAGCCGAUAGACAGGUUCUUUAAGCCCGGACAGUUGGCGGAGGAAGAGUUUGUGGUAUCAGCGGUGUCGCUUGCCUCCAAGGGGGUGAUUGACUGGUCUAAGAACUUUCUGGAUCAUGUCAGGCAGGCGGCAUCGGGAGACCCGACAUGGGUAGGAUUGAAAGAGAGAGUUGAGCAAGGGGAGAAGCUGGGGGAAUUGAAGGAUAUUGCUGAGAAAGACGGGCUACUCUUCUAUAAGAACCGACUCUACAUUCCGGCAGACGACCGCAUCAAGAUCCGAAUUGCACAGUCAGAACACGAUUCGAAGGUGGCAGGACACUUUGGACAAGAUAAAACUUUGGAACUUAUCACGCGCAACUUCUAUUGGCCAAAAAUGAACGAGUGGAUUGAUGAUUACGUUCGGUCAUGUGACGAGUGCCAGCGCAAUAAACCCAGCCGCCACAAGAAAUACGGUGCGCUUCUUCCACUGUCCACACCACACUCUGUCUGGCAAUCAAUAUCAAUGGACUUCGUCGUGCAGUUACCGGAAUCAAAAGGAUAUAACCAAAUCUGGGUAGUAGUCGAUAGGUUCUCGAAGAUGUCGCACUUCAUCCCCCUAGUAGCAGAAACGACCGCGCAGGAUUUAGCAAAGAUAUUCCUCGGUCAAAUCUGGCGACUCCAUGGACUGCCUCUCGACAUAGUUUCCGACAGGGAUGCCAAAUUUACUUCAAGCUUUUGGGCAUCCCUUAUGGAAUUAUUGGAUGUGAGGAUAAGAAUGAGUACGGCUUUCCACCCUCAGACCGAUGGGCAAACAGAGCGAGUCAACCAAACCCUCGAGCACUACUUACGAGCGUUUUGUAACUACGAGCAAGAUGAUUGGGCAGAGCUACUCCCGUUGGCGGAGUAUGCUUACAACAACUCGGUUACCACCGCCACGGGCCAAUCUCCGUUCUAUACCAAUUACAGUUACAACCCAAGAACCAACUGGCCGACGGAAGCCGAAGUGGUCAACCCAACCAGUGACCUGUAUGCUCACUUCAUUCGAGGAGUUCACAAUUCAGCUCUCGCUCGUUUAAUAGAUACCAGGGAGAAGAUGGGGAAAUACUACGAUCGGAAAAGGGACGAACCGCCGAACUUUAAGAUAGGCGACAUGGUCAUGCUCAAUGCGGCCAAUAUCAAGACACGUCGCUCCACCAAGAAGCUCGAUCAUAAGAAACUCGGUCCGUUCAAAAUUAUCCGACUAGCUGGGAAACGAGCCUGUGAAUUGGAACUGCCACCACAAGUCAAAAUCCAUAACGUGUUCCACAUCGAACUCUUGGAACGUUAUCGACAAAGCAGUAUCCCAGGCCGUGAACAACGUCCCCCGACUCCCGAAGAGGUUGAUAAGGAAGGAGAAGUUCUUUAUGAAGUAGAAAGUAUUGUGGGAAGCCGGAAGAGCAGAAGAGGAUUAGUGGAAUACCUGGUGAAAUGGCGGGGCUAUUCGAUGAGCGACUGUACUUACCAAGUCAUGGACGUUAUGAACAAAGACGUACUUGAUCUAGUCCGCGACUUUCAUCGAAGGAACCCCAAGGCCGUGAAGGACCAACGCCUGAGACUAUAG